GAGACUAUUCCAUUCCCAAUUUCCCACCAGACCCGGAAACCGUGUUGACAAUUUCCUAACCACCCAACCACUCUCACUCAUCCUUUUCUCCAAUCAAAACCUAAUUCUCUCUCUCUCUCUCUCUCUCUCUCUCUCUCUCUAAACGAAGAGAGAGAAAAAUGUGCCCGCUGAGACUGAUUCUCAUCUUCCUCUCGGCCACCCUCGCCGGCUUUUUCGUCCUCAGAAACCUUAAAUCUCAGCCCCAAAUCCUCCAAGACCCCUCCGAAGAUUCCAUCAAUGCUAAGCCCGAAUCUUCCGCAAAACCCGAUUCCGUCGAUGGAUCCUCCAAGGUUUUGGGGGUAAUGAAGGCGGGGUUCUGGACCUGCGUGGACAUGGCCAGUGGUCGCUACCUGUGGAGGAAUUUGGUGUCCGCUUCGCCUGCACCUUCCGAGCGCUCCGACUGAUACGUUUGGCCCACUUGUUAUUGUUGAUCUAUUCUCUGUUGCUGCGUUUGUUGAUUCUAAUCCCACGAGUUUACACGUUUAGUUUUAUUUUCACCUAUACUUAACUAUGACGCAACCGAAAUUGUUGUAGAUUUACGUUAGUGGAAGGUAUGCCUUUUCUUGAAAUGUGGAUAGUAUGAUUUUACUCAAGGUUCUGGUUACUAGUAUUUGUUUGUACUUGAAUUUGAGAGACACAUCUUCAGAAGUAUAGUCUAUAUGUUGUGUA